CGGGGAUGAUGGUGGUGGGGGCGGCUGGACCCCCAAGGUGGGACGCUCGGGGCUCGGGGGCCGGCACUGAGCCCCCCGUGCCUCUCCCUCGCCUAGGGAAGGAGAAGGAGCCGCUGGAGUCGCAGUAUCAGGUGGGCCCGCUAUUGGGCAGCGGCGGCUUCGGCUCCGUCUACUCAGGCGUUCGUGUCGCCGACAACUUGCCGGUGGCCAUCAAGCACGUGGAGAAGGACCGGAUUUCCGACUGGGGAGAGCUGCCCAGUGGCACCCGAGUGCCCAUGGAAGUGGUCCUGCUGAAGAAGGUGAGCUCGGGCUUUUCCGGCGUCAUUAGACUCCUGGACUGGUUCGAGAGGUCCGACAGUUUCGUCCUGAUCCUGGAAAGGCCCGAGCCGGUGCAAGACCUCUUCGACUUUAUCACGGAAAGGGGGGCCCUGCCGGAGGAGCUGGCCCGCAGCUUCUUCUGGCAGGUGCUGGAGGCCGUGCGGCACUGCCACAACUGCGGGGUGCUCCACCGCGACAUCAAGGACGAGAACAUCCUCAUCGACCUCAAUCGCGGCGAGCUCAAGCUCAUCGACUUCGGGUCGGGGGCGCUGCUCAAGGACACUGUCUACACGGACUUCGACGGGACCCGAGUGUAUAGUCCUCCAGAGUGGAUCCGCUACCAUCGCUACCACGGCAGGUCGGCGGCUGUCUGGUCCCUGGGGAUCCUGCUAUACGAUAUGGUCUGUGGUGAUAUUCCCUUUGAGCACGAUGAGGAGAUCAUCAGGGGCCAGGUUUUCUUCAGGCAGAGGGUCUCUCCAGAGUGUCAGCAUCUCAUUAAAUGGUGCUUGGCCCUGAGGCCAUCAGAUCGGCCAACCUUCGAAGAAAUCCAGAACCACCCAUGGAUGCAAGAUGUCCUCCUGCCCCAGGAAACUGCUGAGAUCCAUCUCCACAGCCUGUCGCCAGAGCCCAACAAAUAGCAGCUUUUCUGGCAGGUCUUCCCCUCCCUGUCACAUACUCAAGGGAGGGGAAGCUUCCGUCUCCGGCUUCCCAAGUACCAGUGACACUUCUCACCAAGCAGGACAGUGCUUGAUACAGGAACAACAUUUACAACUCAUUCCAGACCCCAGGCCCCUGGAAGCUGCCUCCCAAUGGGUGGGAGGGGGAGGGGGGGAGAGACUCCACUCCAGGCAUCCUAGGCCUCAACUCCCAUAGAUGCUCUUCUCCUUCUCAUAAGUGUCCAGCAUUGCUGGACUUCUGCAAAAUCCCGGGGGUGGGGGGUUGGGGGGGUGGGUGAGGACCCUGCCAUGGAACUGUUCCCUUCAUCACAAGUUCUGCUGAAUGCCGUGACGGGUCGGGUAGGGGGGAAACAGGUUGGGAUGGGAUAUAGGAUUAGCACCAUUUUAAGUCCCUGUCACCUCUUCCGACUCUUCUGAGUGCCUUCUGUGGGGACUCCGGCUGUGCUGGGAGAAAUACUUGAACUUGCCUCUUUUACCUGCUGCUUCUCCAAAAAUCUGCCUGGGUUUGGUUCCCUAUUUUUCUCCCCCACCCCCCUCUCCCCAUCCUUCAUAUGAAAGGUGCCAUGGAAGAGGCUACAGGGCCAAAACACUGAGCCACCUGCCCUUUUUUCUGCCUCCUUUAGUAAAACUCCGAGUAAACUGGUCUUCCUUUUUGGUUUUUUACUUAACUAUUUCAAAGCCAAGACCUCACACACACAUACACAAAAUGCACAAACAAUGCAAAUCAACAGAAAAACUGUAAAUGUGUGUACAGUUGGCAUGGUAGUGUACAAAGGACUGUAGUUGAUCUAAUUUUUUUUUUUUUAAUUUUGCCUUUAAGUUAUUUUACAUUUUUUUUUCUUCUCUCUCUUUUUGGAAAGAUGUGCAUUCUAACCUGGAGGUCAAUGUUAUGUAUUUAUUUAUUUAUUUAUUUGGUUCCCUUCCCCCUGCUCCGAGCUUCCAAGGCUGCUGCCCUAGUUUUCUUUCCUCUUUUCCUGUUCUGACUUGGGGACCUUUUCGGGAGGGCUGCGACGCUUGCCUCUGUUCGUGGGGUGACGGGACUCAGGCAGGACAGCUGCUGCAGCUCCCUGACCGCCAUGGGGCCCCCUCUCCCACUUACCCAAGUGGGUCUGGGUUCUGUGGGUGGUGGGGAGGGGGCGUUGCUGACUUGUAUAUAGGAUAGGUAUAUGAAAAGCAGUUCUGGAUGGUGUGCCUUCCGGAUCCUCUCUGGGGCUGUGUUUUGAGCAGCAUGUAGCCUGCUGGUUUUAUCUGAGUGAAAUACUGUACAGGGGAAUAAAAGAGAUCUUAUUAUUUUUUUUUUUUAUACUUGGUGUUUUUGAAUAAAAAUCUUUUGUCUUAACUUGCGGCUUCUAAGUGUUGUCUAUGCAGAGGCAUGCUGAAGUGUGCGUUUGUUGAGCGCCUGGUAAGAGCCAAUAUCCUGCACUAGGAGGAGAAAGGGAACUUUUAGCUCAAAUUUGCUUUUCUUCAACAGAUUUCUGAUGUGAAUAUAUGGCCAAGGAGUAGAGCUGAUAUUGUGUGGGCUAGAUUUGGCAUGAGGGGCCCAAGGAAAUCCCAACCUCAUUUCCUGAUCAAAUUCUAGAACUGCCCUAAUAGAGCACAUGUGGCUCUUUCUUAUUUGCACUAGCUACUCAGUGUUCAGUAGACAUCUGUGGCACUUGUGAACAGUGCAGAUAUAAACAUUUCUGUCACUGAAGGUUCUAUUGGAUAGAGCUGGUCUACAGAUACCAUGUGUACCCCUAUUACUUCAACAGUGGAAGCUUUUUGUCUUUCCCACUAGUAAAACAUUUUGAGUGUGUACCCUCCGUAUAUAUAUGUUACAUACCUGUGUUACUCUCAGCUCCUGAAUCAAGGUACCUUCACCUUAAUGUGAGGGUUCAUCGUAAAUAGUAGAUGGAUGGAAAUGUGAGUUUUGACCUAACAGCUAGGGAUUUCCCCUCCGAUGUGCUUGUCAAGGGGCUUGUACCAGGAAUGGGUGAAACGUUAGCCCUGCUGUUUUUCUGACUGCUUGGGCUUGGAUAAUUAGUAUUUUCAGCGCAGCUUCUUUGCAGCAAUCUGUUUAAGCCCCUUGUCCGUUUUGUGCGAGUUAGUUUAAACUAGAAGCCGGAACCCAGGAAUCCACUUAGUACACAUGGCCUGAGUAUGUCCUGAUGGGCUGAGAGCACACGGGAGGGUGUGCCGCUGCCAGUUUGUGCAUUAAGUAUUAGUAAAUAAUGGUUUCUUAUUUCUAACACUUCUCCCUCCCUGUGGGUCAUCUUGCUCCUCUCCUCACUGCACGCAUACACUUUGGACACUAGCCCACGUGCUCUCGGCACACUGCUAGAGGGUCUAGGCCACAGUGCCCUUCACUUCUCAUUGUAUUCUAGUGUUUGUCUACCCUUAAGCUUGGACUAGAUCCUACACCCUAGCUCAGCCCCCGUGUGGCUGCCAGGAAGGAAGGAAGGAUUUCUUGGUUCUGUGGGGCUGAUUUUCUGAGGUUCCCCUUUUCUCUGCACCCUCCCUCUGUCCCCCUCCCACUCCCAACCCCUUGGAGAGAGGAUUGCAUGCUUCAUCCUUUCCAGUAAAGUUGACACUUGAACAACUAAAAGUUGCUCCAAGCUCCUAAUGAAAUCCGGCAGGCCACGCACUUGGUUUCUGGCCAUUUUCCCGUCCUCUAUUGAGGCUGCUAGGGUGAUGACUGCUAAGGUCCCUCUGAAGAAAUAUAUAUUGUUUUCCGACUGGGUGCAAGGUAUUAGCAAGUGUUAUGGGGAGGGUGAAAAGGUAAUAUUUAGUCUCUUCUCACGCACAGUUGAAAAUCUAGUGCGGAAAGGAAGUCAGAUAAUUAAUAGGGCAGUGUGGGAUCAAUGCCAUGGCUGUGGGAAUAUGGAAGAGAAAGGGAAGCAACGGUCAGGAGCAUCGACUUGGGAAUCAACUUUGGGCUUAGACUCUACCCCCAUUACUUUCCUAGAUGCCUUGGACAAGUUAUGCUCUAUGAGACUAAUCUCUAAAUAGGACUGUUUCUUGAUAGGGCUGUUAGGGUGGAAUUAAAUAAUGGAUGUACAUGAAAAUAAAUACUGUUUCCUGCUUACUGACUCAUACCUAUGUACAGGGACAGGCGACAAAACAUUUUCACAGUCAGGACAGUGGGAGAGGAAGGGAGGUUGUGAUUUGGGGAGGGGAUAUCUGCACA